AUGGCUUCUUCGGUCGCCCAGAAACGCCUGUUCCACGAAUAUAAGAACUUGUCCACAAAUCCGCCCGAGGGUAUCACAGCUGGCCCCGUCUCUGAAGAUGACAUGUUCUACUGGGAAGCGCUGAUUGAAGGGCCGGGCGGCACUCCCUUCGAAGGAGGUGUCUUCGCAGCGGAGCUGAAGUUCCCCAAAGACUAUCCUCUGAGCCCUCCUACAAUGAAGUUUGUGAGCGGUGGAGUGUGGCACCCAAAUGUGUAUCCUAACGGCACCGUCUGUAUCUCGAUCCUCCACCCUCCUGGUGAUGACCCGAACCACUACGAACAUGCGUCUGAGCGCUGGUCGCCCAUUCAGAGCGUGGAGAAGAUUCUCAUCUCGGUCAUGAGCAUGCUUGCCGAACCCAAUGACGAGAGUCCUGCCAACGUAGAGGCGGCCAAAAUGUGGCGCGAGCGACGCAGUGAAUAUGAACAAAAGGUUCGGGACGAGGUUCGCAAGGGCCUGGGUCUUUGA